GAGAGGGAAAAAAAAUCCUCAAACCCUAGCUCGCUCUCUCUCUCUCUCUAGUCCCCUGCUUAAACCCUAUCUCUCUCUAUGGCAGUAUCCGUCUCUCUGAUCUACUGCAACUGCGCUGCCGCCUCAUAACCUUGGUUCUCGUCUUUCAGGCCCUAAUUUGUCUCUGCAAGGAUUCUCGGUUCCUUCUGUUAUUUUGCGGGAAUUUUUUUUUAGAGAUGGAGGUCGCAAGAGAUUUCUGCUCUUCGGAGGCUGUUGCUCUCAGGCAAAUGGCUGCUUCUUUGGUGGAAGCUGUCGCUGUAGAGGCGGUGCUCGUCGCUCAGAAGUCAGUUUACUUACUUCUAGCGAUGGGCUCCCUGCUCAAUGGAAGAAAUUUCUUGGAUCAAGAGAGUGAGAAGAGUCAAGGGUUCGAUGACAACAUCUUAAUCGGGAUGGAGGAUAAGAAUACAAGACAUGUGGGGGAUGGGGUUGCUCCUGAGAACAAAGACGAUGGGGAUUCAGACAAUGAUGAUGAGGAUGAAGACGAUGAAGAUGGUGAAGAGCAGGAUGAUGAUGGAGAAGGCGACGAGGAGGAUGCAUCUGGAGACGAGGAUAACAAUAACCAGGGAGAUGACCAAGAAGAUGAUGUUGUAGCAAACGGAGAAGGAGGCAGUGAUGAUGAAGACGACGAUGAUGAAGAGGAAGAUGAAGAUGAGGACGAUGAAGAUGAAGAUGGCGAGGAUGAGGAUGAGGAAGACGAAGAGGAAGAAGAAGAGGAUGAAGAGAUACCCGAGCCUCCCACUAAAAAGAGGAAGUGACCAAACUCGGUUGUUUGGCUUGUGUUUUUCUUAGGGCAGGGACGCAGUUGGUCUAACUUUUUUAUGAACGUUGUGGUUAUAUAUAAAUACAUUUUGUCGCUCUUAAUUGUUAUUUGUGAAAUGUGCCCUCUUUAACUUUGAAUGGCGGCACUUUCUCUCUACUUAAUUGUGAUUUUGAAGCAAUAUGUAUGUUCUCUGA